AUGGCGCAGAGCCCCGAGUUCGAGCUGGCCGUUAAGCAGGUCAAGCAGCUGACGAAGCCGCUGGGUCCCGAGGACAUGAAGAGAUUAUAUGGUCUCUACAAGCAGGCUACCCAGCCUCAGACUCUCGAUGAGUUCUACGCCAACGUGAAGAAGCCGGAGGGCAUGUUCAACUUCAAGGAGAAGGGCAAGUACGCCGGAUGGGAGCAGGCCGUGAAGGAUGCCCCCACUGGUGAGGAGGCUCAGAAGCUCUACAUUGAGUUCGUUGAGUCCCUCAAGGAGAAGUACGCCUUCGACCCCAACAAGGAGCCCGAGUCCGUCAAGUCUUAAGCUCGUAAUCCAUACUGGACUGCAAUCAGCGCGCAAGACCUCUAGUUGCGUGUCGGUGUGGAAAGCACUAGACAUAGAGCAAAGAAAUCUAUAGCAUAUAUUUUGGGCCUACACGCCGACCGGCUCUUGUUCUCAUUAAGCAUUAAAUAUAAGAUUUUUAACGUUGCCCAGAGGCAGCCAAGUAUCUCCCCAAUUUGGCUUACGUUAUGUCUUACUUCAGUCAAGCUCUAAGCUCAUGCAAACGGC